AUGGACAAAUACCUCUCCCAGCCAGACGUGCCGGACUUCCUCAAGUACCCCGUGGUUUAUCCAUCUUACAAUGCUGCGGUGGUGUCGCAGGGGCAGUGCGGGAUGCCGGAUAGUGCUGGAUUGGAGAAAAACGGCGGUGCUUGUGACAUUUCCGACGUUUCCGGCGUUUCGGGCAAGUACUUGGAGUAUUUCCGCGGACUCAACUACGACAGCCACAUGUUCGAGGGCCGAUCGACGUCGGCGACGGCAGACUACCGCCGGAAGCACUGGAUUUUGACCCCGCGGGCCCAGGAAACGGCAAAAAGCGAAAAAUCAAAGGGUACAAAACGCGUGGUGGACAACCCAACUUCGCAUUUUAGCAGUUUUGUGAAUUUGCCAAGCAUCUUCAGCGACGCGCCGUUGACGGGCAUCGCGUACCACGCGGCGGCAAGCCUGAACUCCAACGUUUACAUCUUUGGGGGGUUGGUGUGCAUGUCACGGCACUCGUAUGAGUGCUACCUCGAAAAUCUCACGGACCACUUCCGGAUCGCGCCAAAAAACAUCAAAAUGGUGUUCGAGUACGACGUUCCGGUUCCGCUGAGCCGAGACAAGUUGAUGAACUUGGCCUCUGUGCCAAACGAGUACCUCAUGGUGUACAUGCCGGACUCCAACACGUUUAGACACGUGAUCAGGCUUCAGGGAAACCGCGUAAAGCCUGUUCUGUGCUCCGGGAUGGUAACGCCAGGCCGCAACUCGUUUCUGGUGUACGGAGGCAUCGAGCUUCGGACCAGGAUUACGCGCCCUGACCCAGAUCACGUGAUUGUCACACGCACGCUGCACCCGAACAACGAUCUGUGGCGAUUUGACGCGCUUUCGAGCACGUUUCACCAACUUCGGAUUUUGGUGCAUCCGACGUACAGCACGUCGCUUCCGUUGGCAAUUGGCCGGUUUGGGCAUUCAUGCACGUGCCUGCCUGUUGCGGAGGGUCCGCAUUCCCAAUCCAGGUAUGCGUCAUGCGGGUUUUCUAGUGGCGAGUCUGAAUCUGGCAGCUCGUGCGGCAUCGCGUCCAGUUCGGCCGUUAUUUUCAUCAUGGGCGGCUACAAGAUGUCUGCAUCGGGCAAUUCUUACGUUGCCUUGAACGAUCUUUGGAAGUGCGACAUCUUUUGGGACCAGUACGGGUUCAAAGACGAGGUUGUGUGCUGCCCAAUCGGGAAAUUCGACCUGAUUGGUGACCAGUACGAGCUCAAUUUGGACAUGCACGGUGUUUUAAAGCCUACUGCAUUUGCAGGUGAGUCUUUUAGUGGUCUUCUUGAUUGUCAUGGUGACGAGCCCUGGCCGAAACCGAGAGGAUUCUUCAGCAUGCAGUUGGUGGACCGAUCUUCGGUUGAACGGAGUGAGAAGAGGAGGAAUUGUGAGAAUAAGAUGAAUCGUGAGAAUACCCCAAAGCAUCCUGAAAUGCACUUUGAAAGGCUUUCUAGAGACCAAAGACACCCCGAAAUUUGUUCUGAAGAGCUCUCUAGAGGACCCUCGAAAGAACUUUUUAGAGAGCACUUGAAGCAACGUCGAAUUCCUGCCAAAAGACCCUCUAAGACUGCUUCUAGGAGCAAUUCCAAAAGUCCCGAGAGUUGUAAAAGUCAUAAAAGUUUGCCUGACAGCCCUGAAAACCUCACAAAGAACUCUUCCACAGAUUCCUCAAUCACUCCUUUGUUCUCAAAAAGUCCUUCUCCUUCUUUAUCUCUCCAGCAAGAAUCAACCUCCCCCCUAUCAGUGAACCCGGAAGCUGCACAUACAAGCAUGAUGCCUGCACUCCACAACAAAAUACUCUUGAUAAACGGUGGGUCGUGCGAAGUGCACAUCAAGGUGAGGCUGGAAAACGGAGAGUGCACGUUUCGAAAGAAAGUCAUCUUCGGCGAUAGUUGGUGGUUCGACUUCCGGCAGGAGAAGUGGAUCAUGAUGGUGACAAACAAGGCCGGAAAGCAGGCUGAGUUGCCCAUAUGUGGGCACGAAUGCACAACAAACAUGUACCACAUGUUGAUCAUGGGUGGAAUAUCGCGCGAUCAAUUUGCACCAAGUGUCUUUGAGACAAUUCCCGAGUCCGGCAUCCCAAAGGGGAAAGAACUCCUGUACCAGUCUGCACUUAAGAUUGUUGAGAAUUUCAUCAAACCGGAGGCAGACUCCCAGGACAACCGCUGCUUCACCUCUACACCGGAAGGGUUUCUUGGCAUCCAUACUAUUCGCUUGGGCAAGAAACACGACAAGCUGGAAGUUUGCUACCGCACAUACAUUUUAGACUUGGAGAGGUUCAGCUGGCGGCCGAUCGACUUCUACUUUGUGCGGUGUCUCGCGUCAUUUGUCGAUAAAGAUGCGUUUCUCAUGUUUGCAUGUUCCCCUAUGGUGAGACUCGAGUCGAAGUUGCUGCUUAUUGGUGGGGAUGUUCGGAAAGUGUGCCGGAAGAAUUACCGGCAGAGGAAUCAUGAUUUACAGAAUGUUUACGGGGGAAACGUGACGGAGUUGUAUACUUCGUUUAUGCGGAUGUAG